CGAUUCAGGCAUUUUUAAAAAAUAUUUAUUUAUUUAUUUUUCCUCAAUCGCUCUCCAUGUGAUUGCAUGGAAGCUAUGUAACCGUUGAUUGGAUUCCUUUUUUUCUCUCUGUGUUCGGCGCACCUACUGUUCGACGAAAUGUUUCUUCCGCUUUCCGCUCUGCAGAGUUCAAUUGUUACUUGUAUUCGGAGCAGUUUUUGCUUCUUCUUGUUUUUUUGGUGCAUUUGGCGGAAGGAGUGAAAUGAGAAGAUGAAGUACAAGAACGAAUGAUCGAGUCCUUCAUUUCGACCGGCAUAGAGGUGCUGCGAUAAACGUUUGAUUAAUGGUUGUGAAGAGAGAGUCUCGGGCUGUAGCUCCAAGAUGCGUCUUCGUGGGUGACCGGCAACUACAACAUACUUAGAUUUCCAUGGCAAUUACUGAAACACAUUGCUCAAACAUAAUGGAGAAAAAGAAAAAGAAUUUUCUUACUGUAGCUCCCUUUGAAUGUGCUUGGCAUGAUGAAUUGAGAUUUAAGGAAGCUGGUAGAGGCUGUGUGGCCUUUGAUGCCUUUGCCCACAAUGAUGUUACAAUUGUCUUCAGGGAAACAGCAGGCAGUCAACAUUAUCAUUAUAAAAAGGAUAACAGUCCACAUUACACAGUGAUUAUUGGUAGCCAUAGAAACAAGAGAUUGAAUAUCGAGGUUAGUGGAAAAACUGUUGUGGAUGUUGCUGGGGUUGAUCUACAUUGUUCUUCAACAUUUCAAAGUUAUUGGAUCAGCAUAUACGAUGGGUUGAUAAGUAUUGGCAAAGGGAGGUAUCCUUUCCAGAAUCUUGUCUUUCAGUGGCUGGAUUCAAACCCCAAUUGCAGUGUUCAGUAUAUUGGGCUUAGCAGUUGGGACAGACACGUAGGAUAUCGAAAUGUUAAUGUGAUGCCCCUCACACAAAACCACAUCUCUCUCUGGAAGCAUGUUGAAUGCAGUGAAUUUGGCAGUAUGGAAGAUUCUGAUGAUGAAGGAUUGGAAGAAGAUAGUGGGGAUUAUGAGAACUGGGGACUUGAGAAUUUUCUAGAGAAUUGGGAACUAUCUGAUGUGUUUUUCAUUGUUGGAAGGGAGGAAAGGGCUGUGCCAGCACAUAAAGUUGUAUUGGCUGCUGCAGGAAACUUUAAUUUGAGCGAAGAUUGCAUACACCUUCAAGAUGUUUGCUACCCUAUAUUCCAUGCACUUCUUGAAUAUAUCUAUACAGGGAAAACCAAGGUUCCUGAAUCACAUCUCUCUUCUUUGAAAGCUCUGAGCUUAAGAUUUGAAGUAUGUACUAUUGCAAAACAGUGUGAUGAAAUGAUGGAGCGCUUUAAACUGAAUAAGAAACUCUUCGAAUCCGGGAAUGCAGUAGAGAUAUCAUUUCCAAGUUACCGUCUCAAUUGUCAUACUCUGUUUCCAAGCAAGUUACCUAUCGAUGUCAAACGACUUAAUGACUUACGCAACAGCGGAAAGUACAGUGAUGUAGAGCUUUAUGUUGAAGGCUGUGGUCUACUUUCACAAUCACAUAGAAUCAUCCUUGGCUUAUGGAGUGUUGCUUUUACAAAGAUGUUCACGAAUGGAAUGACAGAGAGUAUGUCCACAAAAAUCUGCUUGAGGGAUGUAUGCUAUGAUACAUUCAAGAUCAUGCUGGAUUUCAUGUAUACUGGAGAAGUUAAUGAAGAUGUUGCCGACAAUGAUAUCUUUUUACUUCAGCUUCUUCUAUUGGCAGAUCAGUUUGGUGUUUCUCUUCUCCAUCAAGAAUGUUGUAAAAGGCUCCUAGAGCACCUUUCCGAGGACUCUGUUUGCGAAACUUUGCAAGUGAUUUCAUCCAUUCCUGCAUGUAAAUUGAUCGAAGAAAGAUGCGAGAGAAAAUUCUCUAUGCAUUUUGAUUAUUGUACAUCUGCCAGCAUCGACUUUGUCUUGUUGGACGAAGCUACAUUUAGGAAUAUUCUUCAGCAUCCUGAGUUGACAGUAACUUCCGAAGAGCGAGUCCUCGUUGCUAUCUUACUUUGGUGUUGCAAAGCAGAGGAAUUGUUUGGAUGGGAUAGAAUAGAUGAAAUGUUACUAAAUACAACAGCUGAGGUACUUUUCGGUGACAGGCUCUACUCACUUGAGGAAUUUUUAAAUCUUGUACGGUUUCCAUUGCUUCCGCAUCCAGUACUUCAAAAGUUAGAGAGAAGUAAUCUUAGCCUGCACCUGCCAUCUUUCAAUCAUCUGGUGAAAGACGCCAUCAAUUAUCAGGCAUUUGGACUCUCCGGACCUGAGAAAGACUUGAGUAAAUUUCGGCACCGAAGAUCGAGUUUCAAGGAACUCCAGUACAUAUGUGAUGGAGAUAGCAACGGUGUGCUGUACUUUGUUGGCACAUCCUAUGGAGAGCAUCAGUGGGUGAAUCCCGUAUUAUGCAAGAAAGUAACCAUUACAGCAAGCAGCCCACUUUCCAGAUUCACCGAUCCUAAGGUUUUAGUCUCUCGCUGUUAUCAGGGCAUGUCCUUCGCUGGUCCAAGGCUAGAAGAUGGAAGAAACACCGCAUGGUGGAUGGUUGACAUCGGCCAAGGCCAUCAGUUAAUGUGCAACUAUUACACGCUGAGGCAGGACGGGUCGAGGUCUUUCAUCCGGGACUGGAGCUUACAGGGCUCGAUGGAUGGCCACAACUGGACCAACCUUAGAGUGCACGAGAGAGACGAGACCAUCUGCAAGCCGGGGCAAUUUGCAUCAUGGCCAAUCAUCGGCCCCAAUGCCUUGUUGCCCUUCAGGUACUUCCGGGUCGUGCUGAAUGCACCUACAACAGAUUCCACCAAUCCGUGGUGCUUCAGCACGUGCUUCCUCGAACUCUACGGCUACUUCCGGUAGCCUGCCGGUCGCCGGAAUCCUACUCCGGUGACCCCUUGGGUUUGAGUAUAGUUUUGAAAUAAGGAGCAAUCCAAUACAGUUUGUGUUAUGGGAAAAUAAUGAGCAGUGAUGGGUAAGAGUAGGAAAUUGGUUUUGAAUUGGGAUAAAAACACUACUUAGUGGCAAUCCUACAUCACCUAUGAUUAUUAUUAUUAUUUUGAGUAAAAAUUAAUUUUAGUUCCAA